AUGACUACUCCAUCUUCAUUCACAGUCACAAAAGGACUCAUUACCAUUGAGGCACUCGACGAAGGCACUGGUCCUGUUAUUGUUAUCCACCCCUCUCUCGCCCGUGGCGCAAAUGACUACGACAUCGUUGCCCAAUUCCUUGUCGAAGCUGGCUACCGUGUUGUCCGUCCCCAGCCCCGUGGCAUCGGCAAGAGCAAUGGACCCAUGGACACGCUGACGAUACACGACUUCGCCGCCGACGUUGCCAUGGUCCUCGACCACAUCAAAUGUGGCCCAUCUGUCAUAGUUGGCCAUGCCUGGGGUAGCAUGCCAGCGCGUAUGCUAGCAGCUGAUCGCCCAGACCUCGUCCGGGGCGUUAUUAUGGCAGCCGCCUCGGCAGGCAGGCUACCUCCGGGAUCGACGGAGAAGCCAUUCAGUCGGCUACGCAUGGAAAUUGACGGCUCUGGCGAUUUUUCUCUCCCUGAGUCCAAACGUCUCGAGUACUUGCAAGCAGCCUUUUUCGGACCUGAGAGCAACCCACGACUGUGGCUGGACGGAUGGAGUGAAGCUACCCACGAUGCUCAGGCGUAUGCGCGGAUGCAUACGCCCGUUGAUGAGUACUUUUCUGCUGGAGAAACUGUUCCAAUCUUGGAUCUACAGGCUGAAUAUGACGCCGUUGUCGUGAAAGAUGUUAUGAAGCAGUAUCUCGGCGAUCGUGUCGAGGUGCAGAUUAUCAAGAAUGCUGGCCAUGCUCUGGCACCAGAACAACCAGAGGCGAUGGCCAAUGCUAUUAUCGAUUUCACCAAGAAGCUUUAA